GCAGUUCAUUGAUUGAAAGAGCCCGCUUGAAAUCAUUGAUCUGCAGUGGCUUCUGCCCCGCCGGGGUGGGGGGAGUGGAGAAAUAGCAGAUAAUUUAUACCGGAUUAUCGAUUAGGUCACAGAUUAUCGGUAUCGGCCCUAAAAAAUCUAUACCGGUUGACCCCUACUAGCUACAGCUCUGCCUCCCUGUGUCAGCUGUCCACUGAGGUAACCUGUACCCUACAAACACCCUCAUCGGUAUAGCACACAGGCCAUUAAGCGGUAGACAAGUCCUCUUCAGUGCUGUGCCCACCAUGUAAUCUGACAAAUGCCCAGAGGAAAGUGAAAGCCACCACAUCUGGCAUAGUGACAGUCUAUGGGGUGGAAGUUCCAGGGUGCAGCUUGUGUUCCUCUUCCUGGUGUGCCAGUCUCCACCCCGACUCCUGCCUGCUGUGUUAUGGGCACUUACCGGAGCUAGGUAACAACCAUGCCGCCGCUCCUGUUAACCCCUGAAGAUGGAUGUUCAACGUGUGUUUGUUGCUCCACCAUCUCCAGAGUUGUCUGCAAGGCCUGUUUCCCUGGCUUCUUCUCCUCGACUUAGUCCUGCAGGAUCUGGUAGAUCACAGCCUGAAGGUUCUAGUGGUUCACAAAAUCCACUUCCAGUGGGACAGUUGCCUAUCCGUCCUUUAGCCCCAGUGGGAUCAUCUGCUCCUGAUCGGUCACAACCAGAAGGAUCCUUGAGAUUGCAUCCUGUAGGUUCUCAAUUCAGUCCUAAAGAUGAGUCGGGUAGAUCACAACCCGAGGGAUCUUGUCCAGGCCUUCUAUCUCCAACAAAUCAAUAUAGACCACUUCUGCCUGCUCCAUCCUCACCUCAUCGAUCUCCAUCCUCUAGUCCAAGAGGAUCACCACAACCUAGCAGAUCCCAUGUUUCUCCACGUCCCAUUAGAUCUCAGGAAUCUCGUGCAAGAUCUGAUUCUAUUCAACCAUCUCUAGUGGAAGCAGACAAAUUGUCUUUCAGUGUUGCGGAACAACUCAAAGCAGGAGAGGAUUUUAGGAUAUAUAUCAUAACGUGGAAUGUCGGCUGUUCUGUGCCCCCUUCAGACCUCACUGGUCUUCUUUGCCUUAAUGCUGGCGAUGGCAAGACUGACAUGUUUGUAAUUGGGUUACAGGAGGUCAAUUCCAUGAUCAAUAAGCGUCUAAAGGAUGCGCUGUUUUCAGAUCAGUGGAGUGAAGUGUUCAUGGAUGUCCUGAGCCUCUUCAGCUAUGUGCUGGUCACCUCUGUUCGGAUGCAGGGUUGCCUUUUAUUGGUGUUUGCAAAGUAUUUCCACCUUCCCUAUCUACGUGAUGUACAGACUGACUGCACAAGGACUGGCUUAGGGGGAUACUGGGGUAACAAAGGAGGUGUCAGCAUUCGGUUAUCCCUGUUUGGACACAUGGUGUGUUUUCUGAACUGUCACUUGCCGGCUCACAUGGAAAAUUCUGACCAGCGUGUGGACAAUUUUGAGAGUAUUUUGCAGCUUCAACAAUUUCAGGGUCCACUGGCGAAUGGCGUCCUAGACCAUGACCUGGUGUUCUGGUUUGGAGACCUAAAUUUCCGAAUUGAUGAUCUAGACCUGUAUUUUGUGAAGCAUGCUAUCCAAGGCAACAAGCUGUCUCUGCUUUGGGAGAAGGAUCAGCUAAAUGUGGCAAAAUGCAGUGAACCUGUAUUGUCUGGCUUUAUGGAGGGGCCCUUGACCUUCCCACCCACGUAUAAAUACGAUGUCGGGACCAACACCUAUGAUACAAGUUCCAAAAAGAGAAAGCCUGCAUGGACUGACCGCAUUCUGUGGAAAAUGAAAAAUCAAAUUUCAGAGUCAGACAAAGACAACAGUAUGUCAGAAGGCCUGUCAGUGACACUGCUCAGCUAUGGGUCCCAUAUGCAUUACACAGAAAGCGACCACAAACCUGUAUCUGCUAUUUUUUCCUUAAAGUUUUCUGCCUGUCUUGUUGCCCCACUGGUACACAUUUGGGUACGUGAUGAGUGGAUACUGCCUGCAGAUGCCAAUGUCACCUACCGGUGGUCUCCCAUUUACAUGAAGAGCUCGUGGGACUGGAUUGGACUUUAUAAGGUUGGGUUUCGACAUCAUAAAGAUUAUGUGUCUUAUGUUUGGGUGAAAACAGAGGAGGAUGCGGAAGGAUCAAAAUACCAGCACCAGGUUGUAAUGUUCAGCGAAGAGUUACUUCCAAAAGGCACUGGAGAAUAUCUUCUUGGCUACUACAGUAACAAUAUGAGCACCCUCAUUGGGGUUACAGAGCCCUUUCAUAUCUCUUUGCCAGGUUCUGAACCAAGCUCAACCUCUGACAGCUCAGACUCCAGCUCAGAGGAUGAUAACAGCACUCAAGUCCUCCUCCGGCCCAAAUCCCGCAGUCCUAGUCCGGCAAAUGCCCGCUCACCGCGAAGCAGAAGUCCAGCACUUUCACGUUUGCAUGAUCUUAUCAUUCCUGGUUCCUCUCGUCAGAAGAGUCGCAGUCCAUCCCCAUGUGGGGCCAAAAGCCCCAAACGGGAGAGGCCUCAAAGGCCACGAUCUAGGGAAAUUACCCAUGAACCCCAAGGUCAUAAAUUCCACAGCCCUCAGGGGUCCCAAAUCAGUGCUGUACCAUCUGUGAGACCAGCCGCUGUGGGUCAAGGCUUUAGUCCAAAAGGAACAAUUCCUAUCUCCCCUAAUUCACAUAGAAGAGACGCCAGCCUGACGCCAGUCCCUGCUCCUAAACAAAAUUCAGACUCACAAAAUCAAAGUCGGGGUGUAGAGAAAGCAGAUUAGAGAUGAUGUUGUGUAAUCUUUGCACUAGGGUCAAAGUUGAUUUGGUCAUUAGAUAGAAUAUCAGAGUUAUUUUAUGAAAUGUGACAAUUUGUAAAGUGUUACUAUGAUUUAUAUUGAAAUUUGACACCAAGUGUUUAAGGAAUAUUCUGGGGUAAGUAACUUAACUCUAUUGAAAAGUAUAUGAUACUAGGUAAACAUCCUUAAUAUACAAUCAUUUAAGGAAAACUGGCAGUAGGUUAGAAGAAUGUAACCUGCUGGUAAGGGCCAAUUGGGCAGGGGACACUGAAUAAUCUCCUUUGUUAUCCCUCACAACUGCAACAUUUUUGUGUAACACUAUUUUUUAUUAUGCUAAUGAGAGCGUUGGGUGCACUUAGGGGUUAAUUUUACCCCUAGAUGCGCUGAUCCCCCGGCCCGCUGCUCUAACAGUGUCUCCUCAUGAAUAUUCAUCUGGUGCUUUGACCAGGGACAUUACUCAAGGCUGCUUGUCACUGCAGAGGGCCAAUGGAUUUACAUGAGAAGGUGCUGUUACAGCAGUUGAUGGGCUGACUUGUGCACCUAGGGGUAAAGUAACCCUCAUACCCUCAUUGGCAUAUUAAUAUAAGUGUAUGUUACACAAAAACAGCAGAAAGGAAUGAUUAAGGUCAUGUGCUAUUCAGUGUCCCCUGCCCUAUUAGCCCUUAGAUCUUCUGUCCUGCUGUCAGUUUCCCACCUCUUGAAUAUGUAUAAAUCUUUACUCUUGGAGCCUAAUGACAUGAGAGCAUGGCCACUAUUGUGGCAGAACUCAGGCGCCUCUCUCUCUCUGUGUACCUGACUUAGCAGCACCUGCGCUUUGCUAGAAUAGCAGAGUGGUCACGUGCGUAUAGUCUUUCACGUCUUUAGGACAUGAGAGAGAAGAUUUAUACAUAUUGAAGAGGUGGGAAGGGAUCUGAGCAUGGAGGAAAGUGGCAGGGAAGCUCAAAAAGCUGGCUCCCACUUCCAUUGCAAAAUGGGCGGCAUUAGCAUAUUAUUAAUGGGGGCUCUGGCACUAGACCACCGAUCAGGAUAAGUAAUACAUCCUCUUAAUCUAGCUGUCAGUUUCCCUCUAAAUCUUUUCAGUUGUUUCCUGUAUGAUCAAUCCCCAUUAUUGACCCAAAAUGUGAAGUUUUUAGCUAGUCACCUAGGGUUACGACCUGCAGUGCUGCUUUAGCUUGCUGGCUGCACAUACUCAGUGUCAGCACUGGGAGUUAUCACCAACUCCUGGGCCGAGGCCUUGAGUAACUAACACCCCUAGAUAUCCUGUCAUAUACACUGCUCAAAAAAAUAAAGGGAACACUUAAAGGGGUAUUCCAGGCCAAAACUUUUUUUAUAUAUCAACUGGCUCCGG